AUGGAUGCUGCGACGGCAAAGCACGUCGGUGCUCGAUUGCUAGGUGAAAUCGAAGAGGGGAGCUUAGAAGAGCUUCUAGACUCCCUUCGUGUCAACCUCACAGGCGGUUCCUCUAAUAAUAAUAUUCGUCCGGAUAUCCCCAUCCCGACCCUCGCCAACAUCGCAGCUCGCUAUCACAAGGCAACACAAUCCGCGCCGCCACCGGUCUUCUCAGUAAGCGGGCGCUAUCUUCCGCUCCUAUACCACUUAAUAUCAACUCUCAUUGCCGAACCACAUAACUACACAGUAGUCGUUAUCGACGCCGAGAGUCGUUUCAAUGUAGCCCGCCUUAUAUCUUCGAGCCCCUCGAACAAUAUUGCCAAUAGCAGCUAUCCAGCACAGCUACCUGAUCUGCGCCAUGUAUACGUGUACCGGCCGGCACAGGGGCAGGACCAAAUGCGGGCGGCGGUGGCGGCAGCAGGCGAGUGGAUGCUUUACGGGGCUCACGGGAGCCGAGCUCGCGAGUGGUGGGGCACGGUGGUGAUCGGUGGGGGAAGUGGUGUAAGUGUAAAGGGAGAUGUGAAUGCGGGAUGGAAGGGCUGGUUGAGGGUCGAGAGGGAGGAAGUAGCCGGAUUUCCGGCCGGUGUUAGUGUCGAAGAAGCACUACUAAACCAUGGCGCCAACAACAACGCAGAUCCCACAUCCUUCGGCCCACCCCAGCGCAAACGUCGUCGCGUAGGCCGACCACCUAAAUCGCAACUAGAGCGUGACUACCUCGAUCAGCGAGCCUCUAACAACCUUACACCCCCUCAACAGCCGCCGCCUCCUCAAGUCCAUUCACCACACCCCUUAAACAAGGGACCUUAUAACUCGGCCGAGGAUGCCGUCUUCUCCCUCCAACUUCACGUCUUUACGUCUGGAUACGGCGUGUCGCAGAAGCGUACCGUCAAAGAAAAGCUCCCCUCGGGACGUUACGAUCCCGAUGGUGACGUCAUUCGCAAGGACUUUGCGUGCGAUCGUGGCGGGGCCGACUUCGUAUCGCAGAGCACGGGGGAACGACGGCGUGAGAGCAAGAAGUGUGGAUGCGGGUGGAAAGCCGUGGUGCGACGAUUGAAACGGGAAGGUGAUUUAUGGUUUAUUGAUAUACUAGAACCGAAUCACAAUCACCCCGUCACUCCUCCGGAUCAGAUGCACACAAUCGCAUCGUAUAGACGAUGGCAGCGCGAGAACAACGCCGGGAUACGGACAGCAAUCGCAAGACUGGCGCGUGCCGCCGCUAUGCCCGCUCGACAGGUCGCCGACUACCUUAAAGGACAAUUCGCAGACCCAGAUCUAGCUCGUAUCGAUCGACAUAUCCUACGCGCUCUCAGUAUGAGCGAUGUCGAUAUGCCAGGUGGUGAUGCGCAGCAGAGCCAGACUGUAUUCGACGUCGUCGCGCGGAGGCCUACAAUUAUAUUGCAGGAAAACGCUGGAGAGAGCGGGAGCAAUGGGAAUCCAAAUGGGGGUGCCGUUACCGGUGUUCCUAUCGGUGUGGGUGUUAAUCCUACUGGUACCCCUAACCGGUAUCAAUGA